CCGCUUUACGAUUUUUGGUUUGACGGGAAAAUGCAGCGCCGCGUUGUAUCUGCUCUGCUGCCGCGGUGCACGGCUGGCUACGCCACAGCGAGCAAUGAUUAUAGCAUCGCCCUUAAGACGGCUGCUGAGCUAGUGACCCCUUCGGAGACCUCUGUUCAGGCAAAGGAGGGAGGAUAUACGGCUGGCGUGCCGCUGAACACGUUCUCGCGAAAGGCGCGCAUUUACAGCCCUGCGCGGAAUCCCAUGCAAUCGGGGCUUGGCAGGACAACUUACAACGCUGGCACGUCCCCCGUCUGGAAGAUUGAGUUCGAUACCCUUGCAAAGUGGCAGAACCCGCUGAUGGGCUGGACCUCCACGGCCGAUCCUCUGGAGAACGUUGGCCGCGCCAUGCUGAACUUCUACACUAAGGAGGAGGCACAGCGCUUCUGCGAGAAGCACGGCUGGGCCUACACGGUGGAGGAGCCCAACCAGCGCCGCACCACCCGCACCAAGCGCUACACUGCUUACGGAGACAACUUCGGCAUCAAGCGCAACGGCGUGCCGGACCUCAGCACUCUGCGCUCCAUGGUCCAGCAGCAGGCCAAGUAAACAGCCUGCUUCUCGUAUCAGGAAAUAGUCGGGUAGUCUUUGUGGAGAGACGGUGUAGUCGGUGUGAGCUACUCGUUGUGACCCAGCUUAUUGUUUCUAGCGUUAUUUUCCGAGCUGAUGUUUACUCGGCGCUCAGCUUCUGGAUGCUUAUUAAGGCUGCCGUACGAGGUCGUGAUUGCGAUUCCGGUUUUGUGCUUUCGCACCUAUAGCCUCGUGAUUCUGCGGCUCAGUUUGUCUUGUGGAACAGGAGAGCUGCUGCUCAGGGUGAGCAACUAGCGAUGCGGUGAUUGGGGGGUUUCUAGGUUUGAUAGCGCUAGUGGCGCUACACCCAGGCGCUUUCCUAAUUUGAGCAGAUAUGGACACCCCACAUACUUUUAUGGGGGAUGCUCGUGAUCCGG